AUGUCAGAUAUUAUAACACCUCAACUAGGCAACGUUCUAGGUAAAAGCAAAUCACCUUAUCUCCUACAACACAAAGAUAAUCCGGUUGCAUGGCAAGAAUUCACGCCCGCGACUAUAUCGCUCGCCCAGCAAUCAGAUAAACCAAUCUUUCUGUCUUCGGGGUACUCUGCCUGUCACUGGUGCCAUGUUCUCGCCCACGAGUCUUUCGAGGAUCCUGAUAUCGCAGAGGUGAUGAACAAGUAUUUUAUAAACAUAAAAGUGGAUAGAGAGGAGAGACCGGAUGUUGAUAGAAUGUACAUGACGUAUCUACAGGCAACAUCUGGCGGUGGGGGUUGGCCGAUGUCUAUAUUUAUGACUCCCUCUCUUGAGCCAUUCUUUGCCGGUACUUACUUUCCCAAAGCACGGUUCAAGUCAUUACUCGUGCGAAUAGCCGAAUUUUGGGAGGAAGACAAGGAGCAAUGUCAGGCCAUGGGAAAAGGUGCAGUGGAAUCCUUGAAGGAGAUGAGUGGAAGUAUCGCUCGCAUUCCCGGCUCGCUUGACGACAUCCUAGCUACUUCUCCUUCCACCAAGAUAUACUCGCAACUCCUCCGUCUCCAUGAUCCGCGGUAUGGAGGGUUCACUAGUGGUGGACCUCGCUCGAAAGGUCCCAAGUUCCCCAGUUGCAGUAUGACUCUGGAGCCGCUGGCUCGUUUAGCUUCCUACCCCCUCCCAUCCGAAGUCGACAAGGACAAAGCUACAGAAAUGGCUAUUAAGAUGAUCAAAGGAAUCUGGCUAGGUGGAAUACAUGACUGGGUUGGAGGUGGGGUAGCUAGGUAUAGUGUUGACGAGAAAUGGAUCGUUCCCCACUUUGAAAAGAUGCUAUAUGAUCAAGCACAGCUCAUCACUGGCGCAUUAGAUUUCGGCUUGAUUUCGGAUCCUUCGGAGGGCGAAGAUGAUACGCAUCGUACGAUAUUGGAGCAGAACAGAAGAGUGUGUUUCGAUCUUGCUGGGGAUAUUUUAGAGUAUUCGAUAAGAGAUCUACAAUCUCCAGACGGAGGAUUCUGGUCUGCUGAAGAUGCCGAUUCUGCUCCAACGAAAGGUGCUCGGAAAUCUGAGGGCGCGUUCUACAUUUGGGACAAGGAAGAGCUGGAUGAAAUUUUGGGAGUGGAUGCUGCAAUCGUAGAGUCAUACUUCGGGGUGGAAAAGGGAGGGAAUGUCGAACUGCAGCAUGAUGCUCACGGUGAAAUGAGGGGAAAAAAUAUCUUGUAUCAAGCCAAAAGUCUCUUGGAGAUAGCCAACAGAUACGAUAAAACGGAAGAGGAGAUUAGACAAACAAUAAGAAUGGCGUGCACCAAGUUGAAAGACAGAAGAGACACUAGGGAAAGGCCAGGUCUGGAUGAUAAGAUUCUGACCGCUUGGAAUGGUUUGAUGCUUUCCGCUCUUGCUCAAGCCGCGUCAUUUCUACCAUCAACGUAUUCUAUCAAGUCUCAGUGUCUUCCUGCUGCGGAGAAAUUGGUCUCAUUCGUGAAAGACCGCAUGUGGGAUGUCGAGAGGAGGCAAUUGACACGUAGCUGGCGAGAAGGUAAAGGUCCUGGGGCACAAACGGACGACUAUGCCUUUUUGAUUAGAGGUUUACUGGACCUAUAUGAAGGCAGUGGAAAGGAAGAGUACGCUGUAUGGGCUAUAGAGCUGCAGAAGAGACAGGACGAAUUGUUCUGGGAUAAUACUGGAAAAGGUUACUAUGCAAGUGCACCAGAUGAGCAUGUUCUGGUCAGGAUGAAGGACGCUCAGGACGCUGCUGAACCCUCUGCGACUUCUGUGUCCUUGCGCAACUUAUCCCGUCUCUCCCUUCUGGCCAGCGACGAUUACGAAGUCUACGAAAAGAGAGCUGAAGACACGUACCUAUCAAUAGAUGAAGAGUUGAAACAAAUGCCGAGAGCCUUUGGUUAUAGUGCAUGUGGAUUGAUGGAUCUUGAGAAGGGAUAUCGGGAGGUCAUCAUCAUUGGGUCACCGGAUGACCCCAAAACGGGCGAGUUUCUACAAAUUAUUCGAAGCGUUUACGCUCCGUAUCAGAUUGUGAUUCACCUGGACCCAGCCAAUCCACCAGUCAAAAUUGCAGAGAGAAACAAGGUCGUGAAAUCGUUAUUGGAAGGUAUUCAAGCUGGCAAAGACCAAGGUACGAGCGUGAGAGUUUGUGAAAGUGGAGUCUGCGGUCUACCUGCUCGGGAUACGGAAGCCGUGAGAAAAGCUCUUGGCACACAUGCCGCUAAUUUACUGUGA